UUCUCGUUGGGCGGAAGAGCCCGGAUCGCGAAGAAGCAAGGGGGCGCUCGGAAAGGGAUCUGGCUUGCGACGGUCCGGCGAGAAAGCUGAGCGGGGAAGUUGGGGAGCAGAGCCCGCUAGGUGUCCGGGGGUGGGGUAAGGCCGCGCCGACCGGGUCCGUUAGGGAAUCAGUGAGGCGAGGAAGAAGGCAAUUGUUGGGCGGAUCCCCGGACCGAGGGCUAAGGUGGUGUGGAAGGCACUGCUCCCCAGAUGGCGACCGCAGAUAACCCGACCCCGGCCUCCAGCGGCCUCUCGCCCAAGGAAGAAGGGGAGCUAGAAGACGGGGAGAUCAGCGACGACGAUAAUAACACUCGGAGCCGGAGCAGCAGCAGCAGCAGCAGCGGCGGCGGACUGUUAGCGUAUCCGCGGCGAAGGCCUCCUCACCCGGCCCGGGGCGGGGGAUCCGGUGGUGGCGGUGGCUCCUCGUCGUCGUCGUCCUCCUCUCAACAGCAGCAGAGGAAUUUCUCACGCUCGCGGCAUUCGUCGGAGCGAGGCCACCUCAGGGGACACAGCAGCUACCGACCCAAAGAGCCUUUCCGGUCCCACCCGCCCUCCGUGCGGCUGCCUUCGAGCUCCCUGCCCGAAAGCAGUUCGCGACCGUCCUUCUGGGAGCGGAGCCACAUCGCCUUGGACCGUUUCCGCUUUCGAGGCCGGCCUUACCGGGGUGGGAGUCGCUGGAGUCGGGGACGAGGAGGGGGUGAACGCGGAGGCAAGCCAGGGAGCCGACCUCCCCUGGGAGGAGGAGGAACGGGAUCCGGAUUCAGCAGCAGCCAGAGCUGGCGAGAGCUUUCUCCGCCUCGUAAGAGCUCCAAAAGUUUUGGAAGAUCUCCAUCAAGAAAACAGAGUUAUUCAUCAAAAAGUGAAAAUUGUGCUGAAGAAACGUUUGAAGAUUUACUUUUGAAAUACAAGCAAAUACAGUUGGAACUUGAAUGUAUUAAUAAGGAUGAAAAAUUAGCUUUGAGUAGCAAAGAAGAAAAUGCACAGGAAGACUCUAAAACACAGAACAUUCAGGACCAAACAAGCACUGAUCAUGUCAGUGUUACAAAGGACUCAAGUAAAGAAGUAGCUCCCGAGGAGAAAACACAGAUAAAAACUUUUCAGGCAUUUGAAUUGAAACCACUCAGGCAAAAAUUGACUUUACCAGGAGAUAAGAACCGGUUGAAAAAAGUUAAAGAUGGAGCAAAACCACUUUCUCUGAAAUCUGACACUACUGAAUCUAGUCAAGGAUUAGAAGAUAAAGAACAAAAUUUAACUAGAAGAAUUAAUACAUCAGAUAUUUUGUCUGAAAAGAAACUUGGUGAAGAUGAAGAGGAGUUAUCUGAAUUACAACUUCGUCUUUUGGCUCUUCAAUCAGCUAGUAAAAAAUGGCAACAAAAAGAACAACAGGUGAUGAAAGAAAGCAAAGAGAAGCUGACUAAGACAAAAACUGUACAGCAAAAAGUUAAGACCAGCACAAAAACGCAUUCAGCCAAAAAAGUUAGCACUACAGCUAAACAAGCAUUGCGUAAGCAGCAAACAAAGGCAUGGAAGAAACUACAGCAACAAAAAGAACAAGAAAGACAGAAAGAAGAGGAUCAGAGGAAACAAACUGAAGAAGAAGAGAGAAGGAAAAGAGAAGAAGAAAUUAGAAAAAUUCGAGAUCUCUCAAAUCAGGAAGAGCAGUAUAAUCGAUUCAUGAAAUUGGUUGGUGGGAAGAGGAGAUCAAGAAGUAAAUCUUCAGAUCCUGACCUGAGGCGGGCCUUAGAUAAGCAACCUACUGAUAGUGGAGGAAGCAUUUAUCAAUAUGAUAAUUAUGAAGAAGUUGCUAUGGAUACAGAUAGUGAAACCAAUUCUCCAGUUCCUUCUUUGAACCAGCCAUAUGUGGAAGGCUUGUGUGUUUCUCUUGAACCUCUACCUCCUCCACCACCUCUACCGCCUCUCCCACCAGAAGACCCAGAACAGCCUCCAAAACCACCUUUUGCAGAUGAAGAAGAGGAGGAGGAGAUGCUGCUUCGAGAAGAGCUGCUUAAAUCUCUAGCGAAUAAGAGAGCUUUUAAACCAGAGGAAGCAUCUAGUAAUAGCGACCCACCUUCACCUCCAGUUCUGAACAGUUCACAGCCUGUGCCAAGAAGUAAUUUAUCAGUAGUCAGUAUUAAUACAGUAUCGCAGCCUAGGAUACAGAACCCAAAGUUUCACAGAGGACCUCGUCUUCCACGGACUGUGAUCUCGCUUCCAAAACAUAAGUCAGUGGUUGUAACACUAAAUGAUUCAGAUGAUAGCGAAUCUGAUGCAGAGACUUCCAAGUCCACAAACAGUGUUUUUGGUGGACUAGAGUCCAUGAUCAAAGAAGCAAGACGGACUGCUGAGCAAGCAUCAAAACCGAAAGUACCCCCAAAAUCCGAAAAAGAAAACGAUCCUAUGCGAACACCUGAAGCUUUACCUGAAGAAAAGAAAAUUGAAUAUAGAUUGCUAAAAGAAGAGAUUGCCAAUCGUGAGAAACGUUUGGUUAAAUCAGACCAGCUGAAGACGAGUUCAUCAUCCCCAGCAAAUUCUGACGGGGAAAUUGAUGGAAUUGGCAGAAUAGCAAUGGUUACUAAGCAGGUUACGGAUGCAGAAGCAAAACUUAAAAAACAUAGGAUUCUCUUGAUGAAAGAUGAAUCUGUUUUAAAAAAUCUGGUACAGCAAGAAGCUAGGAAGAAAGAAUCUGUUCGAAAUGCUGAAACAAAGAUUACAAAACUUACGGAACAGCUUCAAGCAACGGAGAAAAUUCUCAGUGUCAACAGAAUGUUUUUGAAGAAGCUUCAGGAACAAAUUCACAAAGUUCAGCAACGUGUUACAAUUAAGAAAGCUCUGACUUUAAAGUAUGGAGAAGAGCUUGCUCGAGCAAAAGCAGUGGCUAGUAAAGAAAUCGGAAAACGUAAACUGGAACAAGAUCGGCUUGGACCAAACAAAAUGAUGAGACUGGACAAUUCUCCAAUUUCAAGUCCAAGAAAGCAUUCAGCAGAACUAAUUGCAAUGGAAAAAAGACGAUUGCAAAAGCUAGAAUAUGAAUACGCCUUGAAAAUUCAGAAAUUAAAAGAAGCCCGUGCCCUUAAAGCAAAGGAACAACUAAAUAUUGCUACGGUUCUGGAAGAGGAACCUGAAUUUUCUUUACCUCAGCCAUCACUUCAUGAUUUGACUCAAGAUAAAUUAACUCUGGACUCUGAGGAAAAUGAUGGUGAUGAUGAAAUUUUGUCUGGUUCAAACAGAGAACGAAGAAGAUCCUUCUUAGAAUCCAAUUCUUUUACUAAACCUAAUCUUAAACACACUGACACACCUAACAAAGAAUGCAUAAACAAGCCUACAAAAAAUAAUUUAGAAAAGCCAGAACUUUUUCUAGGGUUAAAAAUCGGUGAAUUGCAAAAAUUAUAUUCAAAAGCUGACAGCUUAAAACAACUGAUUCUAAAAACUACCACAGGCCUUGAGGAAAAGGUUUUCCGUGGCCAGGAGAUAUCCGUGGAUGUGGAUUUCGUCACAGCACAGAGUAAAACAACAGAAGGGAAGCCAUGUCCUUUUAGACCCUACCAUAGCCCUCUUCUAGUUUUUAAAUCCUACAGAUUUAGUCCUUAUUACCGAACCAAGGAAAAACUUCCCCUCAGCUCUGUGUCAUACAGUAAUAUGAUUGAACCAGACCAGUGUUUCUGCCGCUUUGACUUAACAGGAACCUGUAAUGAUGAUGACUGCCAGUGGCAGCAUACGAAAGACUAUACACUUAGCCGAAAACAGCUAUUCCAAGACAUUCUGUCAUAUAAUCUAUCUUUGAUUGGUUGUUCAGAGACAAGCACGGAAGAAGAAAUUGCUGCUGCUGCAGAAAAAUAUGUUGAGAAACUCUUUGGUGUAAACAAAGAUCGAAUGUCAGUGGACCAGAUGUCUAUUCUCCUUGUUAGCAAUGUCAAUGAAAGUAAAGGUCAUACACCUCCAUUUACAACAUACAAAGAUAAAAGAAAGUGGAAGCCAAAGUUUUGGAGAAAACCUAUUUCAGAGAAUAACUUCAGUAGUGAUGAGGAACAGUUUACAGGUCCAAUUAAGUAUGCCUUCCAGCCAGAGAACCGAAUCAAUGUUCCUGCUGUGGAUACAGUUGUCACUCCAGAUGAUGUCAGAUACUUCACAAACGAAACUGAUGACAUUGCUAAUUUAGAAGCAAGUGUGCUUGAAAAUCCUUCACAUGUACAACUUUGGCUCAAGCUUGCGUACAAGUACUUGAAUCAAAAUGAAGGGCAGUGUUCAGAAUCCUUAGACUCUGCUUUAAAUGUUUUGGCUCGAGCACUGGAAAACAACAAAGACAAUCCAGAAAUUUGGUGCCAUUACCUCAGAUUGUUCUCAAAAAGAGGAACCAAGGAGGAGGUCCAAGAAAUGUGUGAAACAGCUAUUGAAUAUGCUCCGGAUUAUCGAAGUUUUUGGACGUUUCUGUACCUAGAAAGCACCUUUGAAGAAAAGGAUUAUGUAUGUGAGAGGAUGAUGGAGUUCCUAAUGGAAGCAGCUGAACAGGAAACAUCAGAUGUUCUGUCUUUUCAGCUUUUAGAGGCUCUUUUGUUUAGAGUUCAGCUGCACAUAUUUACUGGAAGAUGCCAAAGUGCACUUGCAAUUUUACAGAAUGCUUUGAAGUCUGCUAAUGAUAGAAUAGUAGCUGAAUACCUUAAGACAAGUGAUCGAUGUUUAGCAUGGCUGGCCUACAUACAUCUUCUUGAAUUCAACAUUCUUCCUCCAAAAUUCUAUGAUCCCUCUAACACCAAUCCUUCAAGAAUUGUUAGCACAGAACCAUUUGUGAUGCCAUGGCACACAGUUGAAGAUAUAAAGACUAAUCCUGACAUGUUGUUAGCAGUUUUUGAAGAUGCAGUGAAAGCUUGUACAGAUGAGAGCCUUACUAUUCAGGGGAGAAUAGAGAUCUGUCUUCCACUUUAUACAAACAUGAUUGCUCUGCACCAGCUUCUACAGAGGUUUGAAGCUGCAGUAAAGCUUUGUGAAUGUUUAUUGGAAUCAUCUCCCAUGAACUGCCAGUUGUUGGAAACACUUGGUGCAUUAUACUUACAAACAAAUCAGCCUGACAAAGCCAGGGCAGUGUGGCUUACGGCAUUUGAAAAAAAUCCUCAGAAUGCAGAAGUUUUUUAUCAUACUUGCAAAUUGUUCAUCUUGCAGAACCAAGGCGAUAAUCUUCUUCCAUUUUUGCGGAAAUUCAUUGCAUCCUUCUUUAAACCUGGAUGUGAGAAGUACAGUAACUUGGAUCUUUUUCGGUAUCUCUUAAACAUCCCAGGACCACUUGACAUUCCAUCCUGUUUAUGUAAAGGAAAUUUUAGUGAUGAAAUGUGUAACCACCAAAUCCCUUACUUGUGGCUGAUUUACUGUCUUUGUCAUCCUCUUCAAUCAAGUAUUAAAGAGACAGUGGAAGCAUACGAGGCAGCAUUAGGGGUGGCCAUGAGAUCUGAUAUAGUACAGAAGAUUUGGAUGGAUUAUCUUGUCUUUGCCAAUAAUAGAGCUGCUGGAUCCAGAAACAAAGUCCAAGAAUUCAAAUUUUUUACUGAUUUAGUGAAUAGAUGUUUGGUUACAGUCCCUGCCCGAUACCCCAUUCCUUUUAGCAGUGCUGAUUACUGGUCCAACUAUGAAUUUCAUAAUAGGGUAAUUUUCUUUUAUUUGAGCUGUGUUCCAAAGACCCAGCACUCCAAAACCUUGGAACGGUUUUGCUCAAUUAUGCCAACUAAUUCUGGACUUGCACUGAGGCUGCUUCAACAUGAAUGGGAAGAAAGCAAUGUUCAGAUUCUGAAACUUCAAGCCAAGAUGUUUACAUAUAAUAUCCCAACAUGCCUGGCCACCUGGAAAAUAGCCAUUGCUGCUGAGAUUGUUCUAAAGGGACAAAGAGAGGUCCACCGUUUAUAUCAGAGAGCCUUACAGAAGUUACCUCUUUGUGCAUCACUGUGGAAAGAUCAACUCUUGUUUGAAGCAUCAGAAGGAGGUAAAACUGAUAACCUGAGAAAACUAGUUUCCAAGUGCCAAGAGAUUGGAGUCAGCCUAAAUGAGCUCUUAAAUUUAAACAGUAACAAAACAGAAAGCAAGAAUCAUUGAACACUGGUGCAGUCAGUUCUAAGUCCUUAUAAUAAUUGCCAAAAUCAUUUGAAUGAUCCUUCAAGAUUAGGCUGAUCCCUGGCUAAGGUCUGUGUAAAGCAGACAAGUAUUAUCGAUCAUAUCAAGUUCCUUACAAUAUUCUGUCCUCAAAAUCGGAAGCAAUGAACAUGACCCUCGUCAGUUGGAUAAAUGAACUUCCUGUUUGGCCUGCUACUAGGCCCAGCCAGAUUGUCAUAACAUCAUGUACGUAAGUAUAGCCCCUCAAAGUGACUGACAUUUAUUUUCAUUUUAUUUGUGUUAUUUUUUUACUUUUUGCCCUUUAUGUUUUGCUAUUCCUGAUUCACUUGACACUCUCUGAUGCCUGAGAGAUUCCUGUGUGGGGUUUAAUUUUUAGGGCUGUGUUUACAGUUAAAAAGGCAGUCCCUUUUGGUUCUUCCUUUUUAAAUCUUUUGAGAUUCUUCAUUUCAGGAUAUAAACUUAAGCAGUCCAUCUUAAGGAAAGUGUAACUGCCAUGGCCACAAGUCUGCUAGUUGCACUUGAAUUGCUCUAACAGGGUUGUUUAUUGCCCUUUCUACGCUCUGGACUCCUUGCUGAGACUGUUUAACUUGAAGAUAAAAGAAACUAUUGCAAAUGCCAGUGCAUCAGAACCUAAGAGUGGUCAAAUAUGUGCAAUUUUUUUGUAAAGAUAUUUUAAUUUAUAAUAAAGUUUAACAGUUUAAAGAA